AUGGCUUUUGUACUUGAAAAAAUUGCAAAGUUUGCUAUUCCUGUUAGUCUUGCUAUUGGUGGUAUUCAGGCAUCCAUGUAUGAUGUUCAGGGUGGUCAUCGUGCUGUUAUUUUCGAUCGUAUUCAGGGUGUUAAGCCUGUGUCGGUUGGUGAAGGUACCCACUUCCUUAUGCCCUGGCUUCAGCGUGCUGUCCAAUUUGACAUUCGCACCAAGCCUCGCAAUAUUUCCACCACCACUGGGUCCAAGGACAUGCAAAUGGUUUCGCUCACACUCCGUGUUCUUCACCGCCCUGAACUUACGCAGCUUCCUGCUAUUUACCAACACCUCGGACAAGACUAUGAUGAGAGAGUCUUGCCAUCAAUUGGUAACGAGGUCUUGAAGGCUACCGUAGCACAAUUUGAUGCAAGUGAGUUGAUUACUCAGCGUGAGGUCGUCUCUGCAAAGAUCCGCGAGGAUCUCUACAAGCGUGCCAAAGAAUUCAACAUUGCUCUUGAGGAUGUGUCAAUUACACACAUGACUUUUGGUAAAGAGUUUACCAAUGCAGUUGAACAAAAGCAGAUUGCUCAGCAGGAGGCCGAACGUGCAAAGUUUAUUGUCGAGCGCGCUGAGCAGGAGAGACAGGCUGCAGUCAUUCGUGCUGAGGGUGAUGCUGAAGCUGCCAUUCUGAUUUCUGAUUCUCUUGAGAAGGCUGGUCAAGGUAUCAUUGCUUUCAGACGCAUUGAAGCCUCCAAAGAAAUUGCACAGACUUUGUCUAAGUCUUCAAAUGUUACUUAUUUGCCAAGCAGCAAAGGUGGAAGCAACAUGCUUUACAACUUGAAUGUCUAA